AUGAACAACAACGAUGAGGAGGCUCUCAGCUCCGUCUACAAAAAGAUACAGCGCGAACGUGCUCUCCUCAAUGCAGCAAAUCAAAUGAGGCAGCAGACUCAAAAUGAGCAAGUCAGGGCUAGGCUAGAUAUUCAAAUGCGCGAUGGUCGUCGAAACAUUUCAUACUUGGAGGAGCGCAUGAAAGAAUUACAAGUGCGGACGGAAGGUCGAACAAGUAGUGCGGGGAGUAGUGGCGGCCCUGGCCGCCCAGCCAGUAGCGGUCUACGUGACGAUCGAGGUGGUCCGCCGCCAACUCCGCCGCCCAAGGAUGCCAGAGGAAUUCCUAUCGAGACGGGGGAUCAGGCCGGGUAUGGUACUCAAGAAUACAGUCAGAUUGGUGGACAUGGUGAUAUGAUGCCACCGAGAAAUCCUUUCGCGCCUCCUGCACCUGGUUCGGGAAUGCCUAGAUCACGUCCUAAUUAUACCAAACUUGAUCUCAUCAAAUAUGAUACCCCUUAUCUCGGACCCCGCAUUCAGCUUAUGCUUUCACAAUUGGAAUUUAAGCUCAACGUCGAGAAACAAUAUUUGAAGGGCAUUGAGAAGAUGGUGCAAUUAUAUCAUUUGGAGGGUGAUAGAAAAAGUAAAGCAGAUGCUGCUGCUCGUCGGGUUGAGAGUAACCAAAAAAUUCAGAUCCUCAAACAGGCUUUGAAGGGUUAUGAAGAUUUACAUAUAGACAUGGAGAGCUCAGCAGAUGCUCCAGAUGAUGAUAGUAUUAAUACUCCUAACAUGCGAAAACCCCUGACAGGCCAACUUGUUCUCCGUAUUCAAGCAGUUAAGGACGUCGAUCACGCAACAACUAGUAGAUUCACCAGAGGUCCGGAAACAUCUAUCGCUGUAAAGGUGGAAGAUAAUGUUGUCGCACGAACGAAAACAACUCGAACUGAUAAGUGGGAGAAUGAAAUUCAUAACAUUUAUGUGGACAAAGCGAACGAAAUCGAACUCACGGUUUACGAUAAGGCUGGCGAUCAAGCAUUACCUAUUGGUCUGUUAUGGAUCAGGAUAUCCGACAUUGUCGAAGAAAUGAGACGGAAAAGAAUCGAGGCCGAGAUCAACAACUCGGGGUGGGUUUCUGCCGACCGUAUGGCUAGUGGUGGCGCCCCACCAGCACAAUUUCCAAUGAGCUCUGGUGGCACAAGUCAAUUUGGGCCACCCCCAGGAAGCGCGGGAGCUGGAAUACAACCAGCUGGAGGAAACGAUUUCGGCGGAGGUGGAAAUGUAGUGGCGGCACCACAACCAAUUGAUGCGUGGUUUGCCCUUGAGCCUAGCGGUGCCGUGAAUCUGAACAUCUCUUUCACGAAGCAGACUAAAGAUCGAAAACCAUUUGACCUUGCCCUGGGUCGAAAGGGUGCCAUUCGUCAAAAAAAGGAAGAGGUUCACGAGAUGUAUGGGCACAAAUUCAUCUCACAACAAUUCUACAACAUUAUGCGAUGUGCACUUUGCGGAGACUUUCUCACAUAUACUGCUGGUAUGCAGUGCGAGGACUGCAAAUAUACUUGUCAUACAAAGUGUUUCUCACAAGUUGUGACUAAGUGUAUCAGCAAAUCUAAUGCGGAGACCGAUCCGGACGAGGAAAAGAUCAAUCACCGUAUUCCGCAUCGUUUCGAAAAGUUCAACAAUAUGAGUGCGAAUUGGUGUUGUCAUUGUGGAUAUGUUCUACCAUUUGGAAAGAAAAAUUGUCGCAAAUGCACAGAAUGUAAUCUCACAUGCCAUGCACAUUGUGUACAUCUUGUCCCGGAUUUCUGUGGUAUGUCUAUGGCGGUCGCGAACGUCAUUCUAGAUGGUAUUAGACAUCAAAAGCGUCGACAAACGACACCUGUUGCUAUGAGCGGAAAAACCUUGAGAGAGAAAAAACCGGAGCAAGGAGUAAUGCCAAUUGAUCAACGUAACUCCUAUGGAUCACCUGAGUCUUCUCGACCUCCUAGAGCACAAUCCUAUGGAGCGCCUAGCUCUAGUGAUGCUACCGAAGCUGCCAAGGCAAUGUAUGCACAGAGUAAUACUUCACCACAACAACGACCAGCAGGACCAGAUCGAACAUCCACCUCAUCAAGUGCUACAGCUGCCGCUGCUGCCGCGAUGGGUAGUAGACAACCAAUACCCACGAAGGACCAAUAUUCGCGAACUUCUUCCGAUUAUACUCAAGCUACAGCUGAAGCUCGUCGAGGCUCAGCUGGUUAUGCACAAAGCCUUGAUACACAUAGCGAAGAUAGCCCCUAUGGUGCUCCCCAAAAAGCACAAAUGCCCACACAACCAAGUUACAAUCCUGCAGCAUAUGCAAAUGUUGACAGUGGUUAUUCUCAACCGAUGCCGCAACUUCAACCUUCGACACUCCCACCUCCUCCACCAUCCGCCACAAUGUUUGCACCCCCUUCACAAGCGCCUCUUCCAAAUAUCCCAUUACCUGCGCAACCUGGUUCACAGCAGGUUGUACCCCAGCAGCAACAACGCAAACAAGCUCCUGCAGCAAACGAACCAGGCACUGGACGUCGUAUUGGCCUCGAUCAUUUUAACUUUCUUGCGGUUCUUGGUAAGGGUAAUUUCGGUAAGGUCAUGCUUGCUGAAACUAAGCAAACCAAACAACUUUAUGCUAUCAAGGUGUUGAAGAAAGAGUUCAUCAUCGAGAACGAUGAGGUUGAAAGUACUCGAUCUGAAAAGAGAGUAUUCUUGGUCGCCAAUAAGGAAAAUCAUCCUUUCCUAUUGAAUCUUCAUGCUUGUUUCCAAACAGAAACAAGAGUAUACUUUGUUAUGGAGUAUAUUAGUGGUGGUGAUCUUAUGUUGCAUAUCCAGCGAGGACAAUUCGGAACCAAGCGUGCACAGUUUUAUGCUGCUGAGGUGUGCUUGGCGUUAAAAUACUUCCAUGAGAAUGGUGUCGUUUAUCGUGAUUUGAAAUUGGACAACAUUCUGUUGACACUCGAUGGUCACAUUAAAGUUGCCGAUUAUGGUCUAUGUAAGGAAGAAAUGUGGUAUGGUUCGACAACAAGUACUUUCUGUGGUACUCCGGAAUUCAUGGCUCCAGAGAUUCUACUGGAUAAAAAAUACGGUCGAGCAGUUGAUUGGUGGGCGUUCGGUGUUCUUAUCUACCAAAUGCUUCUCCAACAAUCGCCGUUCAGAGGAGAGGAUGAAGACGAGAUUUACGAUGCCAUUCUUGCGGAUGAACCAUUAUACCCAAUUCAUAUGCCUCGUGAUUCAGUGUCGAUAUUACAAAAGCUAUUGACACGUGAGCCCGAAAGUAGACUAGGAAGUGGACCGACGGAUGCACAAGAAAUCAUGAGUCAACCAUUUUUCAGAAGUAUCAACUGGGACGAUGUUUAUCACAAGAGAAUCGCACCACCUUUCCAACCUACUAUUACCAACGCUACCGACACUAGCAAUUUCGAUUCUGAGUUCACCAGUGUCACACCUGUUCUGACACCAGUGCAGUCUGUCUUAUCUCAAGCUAUGCAAGAAGAGUUCCGUGGUUUCUCAUAUUCGGCCGAUUUUGUCUGA